AUUGUGGUGGCAAUUUGGCGAGCGGAAGGAAAGCCAAAACCCAUUUUUCCCAAGACCUCAAGAAUAGAAAAAUUAGUCCUUUCCUUUCUUUCCUUUUCUUUUUUCCCAUUUGUUGGAUAACAAAACAAAGACCCGCGGAGUUUCAUAGACUUUGUUUUGGGAUUUUUCCCCUUCUAUUGAUUUUUCAUAGAAGGGGGCUUCAAGCUAUUUAAAAAAGCUUGAGGCUUUCAUUCUGCACAAGGAGCCUUCUUGGUUGUUUUUGUUUUCUGGGUUGGAGAAGAAGAAGGCUUUGUUUUUGGGAGGAACAAGAAGAAGCAGCAAAAACGGAUAAAUGUUUUCCAGUUUGGACAAAAUGAUUAGAUUAUGGAUAGCUGCACUGCAGUUUUCGGAGCUGAUUGUGAGCAGUAUCGUUCAUAUGCUAUAUGGGUUUUACAUAUUCAGCACAGCUGUGGCUGGUGAUCUAUCGCAGGCUUUGAAUGAAUUGCUCUCUAAGCCUAACAUGAACAUUGAGGUGAAAGAGGAGGUGGUGCCUAGAGACACAUCAACCAAUGAAAGUCUACCUCCUAUUGUUUUGGUUCAUGGAAUAUUUGGAUUUGGCAAAGGGAGAUUGGGAGCUUUAUCGUAUUUCGCCGGGGCAGAGAAGAAAGACGAAAGGGUUCUCGUGCCUGAUUUGGGAUCUCUAACCAGCGUUUAUGAUAGGGCUCGUGAAUUGUUCUAUUAUUUGAAGGGUGGGAGAGUCGAUUAUGGUGAAGAACACAGCAAGGCUUGUGGGCAUUCACAGUUCGGUCGUCUUUAUGAACAAGGGCACUACCCUGAAUGGGAUGAGGAUCAUCCUAUACACUUUGUUGGGCAUUCUGCCGGAGCACAGGUCGUUCGUGUGUUGCAGCAAAUGCUUGCUGAUAAGGCUUUCAAGGGGUAUGAGAGCACCAAUGAGAAUUGGGUAUUAAGCUUAACAUCAUUGUCGGGAGCAUUCAAUGGGACAACAAGAACUUACUUGGAUGGGAUGCAGCCAGAAGAUGGAAGAACCAUGAAACCUAUAUGUCUGCUGCAGUUAUGCCGCAUAGGAGUGAUCAUUUAUGAUUGGCUUGACAUUCCCUGGCUGAAGGCUUAUUACAACUUUGGGUUUGAUCACUUUAACAUCUCAUGGAAGAAAGUGGGUGUUUGGGGUCUUGUUGAUUGCCUGCUGGGAAACUCAGGCCCAUUCGCUUCCGAUGAUUGGAUCCUCCCGGACCUUACAAUUCAAGGGUCUUUAAGGCUCAACAGCCAUUUACAUUCCUUUCCCAACACAUACUACUUCAGCUAUGCCACUAAGCGCACAAAGAAGAUAUUGGGUGUUACGGUACCUUCUAGCAUAUUUGGAAUUCACCCUUUGCUCUUCAUUAGAGUAUUGCAGAUGAGCCAAUGGCGUCACCCUCCUGAUGUCUCUUCCCCAUAUAAAGGCUACAGGGAUGAGGAUUGGCAGGACAAUGAUGGAGCUCUCAAUACCAUCUCCAUGACUCACCCGCUUAUACCAGUUGAACACCCAAGCCGUUUUGUGAAAGAUGAUUCAGAUUGCCACCCCUUGCAACCAGGCAUCUGGUACUACAAGAUUGUGGAAGCUGAUCACAUAUUCUUCAUUGUGAAUAGAGAGAGAGCAGGAGUUCAAUUUGAUCUGAUAUAUGACAGCAUUUUUGAACGAUGCAGAAAGCAUGUAUUUAGAAAAACUCCACAGACUUUACCAAACGAAACUCACCAUUAGUUCAGCAGCAUCCCUUUACUCUCAUGCAGUAUUGCUACAACUAGAAUCUAGAAUCACAAAGCAAGCUAUUGAAUUAGCACCUGUACCCUUUCUUCACCUUCCCUCAACUGAUGUAGAUGUUUUUUCCUUCCUUUUUAUUUUCCCACCCACCCACCCCUCCUGCCUCCCUGCUGGUACAAAUUUUCUAGUUUGUUGUGUUGUGUAGUGUAGUGAGAGAUGUUAGAGGCUUUAGCUUGUUCAUCAGAA